AAGGCUCCUCAUGCACUUUUAUUCCCCACACCGCCACACUGGAAUUAUGGUUAUUGUGGAGAAGUUGUGAAACAAGAAUGAUCUCAUGAAGCCUUAAAGUCGGUGUGGAAGCUGAGCUCGCAGUGCUGGCCCGGUUCGGUCACAGAGGGAGUCCUCUCCUCCUCCAGAGGCUGGCUGCGGCGCUUCCUCAUGCUCAAGCUGGUCACCGUGCUGCUCUUCCCCUACGGCGACGAGCUCCCCCUGCUGGUCGGCUGCGUGCUCAGCCUGCGGGCUCUGCAGCUGCUCCGCUCCCCUCACGUCUCCACCAAGCCGUCCACCGUCUUCCUGCUCCAGCUGGCCCGGACGGACGCGCUAGUGCUGCUGCGCUGGCUCAUCCGGCUGGGACUGACCGUGGGACUGUGGGCCGAGGAGGAGGCGGGAACGAGCCGGGCUCUGAGCGCGCUGAGCGAGCAGCUGCUCGAAGCCCAUCACCUGGCCUCUCUGCUCCUGCUGGGGCUGCUGGGGCUGGAGGCCACGCUGCUGGCCCACUGGCCGCUGCAGACCCGGAGGUUCAGGACUUCCCAGUGGGCCCGGCUGUGCUGCCGUCUGACCUGGGGGCUGGUGCUGCUGGAGCUCGUGUGUUUGCUUCACGCGAGGCUCUCUGAGCGGCAGACGUACCUGUCGACGCUGCCCGUCGUCUCCCUGGGCCUGAGGAAGAUGCUGUGGUUCGUGAAUUCGUGGAUGCAUUACACCGUUUACAGUUUCAAACCACAGAGAAGGAAGAGCUCGUUUCAUUAAGAGCUUCUAAAAACUCAAAAGUGUUUCCACUCUGCUAAAACACCAAAUUUUACAAAGUACUUUGUGGUCUGUUUUUUUUUUUUUUUUUUUUUUAGUACAAACACUUGAAAUAAGAGCAAGCUAACUUAGAAUUAAAAUUAAGUUAGCUUAAUUUCGGUCGUAAACCAUAACAUGGAGGGGCUUUAUAGGAGCUGGAUUUGAUUUUUAGUACUAAUUCUGUUGGGAGAUAAAUUUUUCCCAUGUUAUAAGAUACUUGCACUAAAACUAGACCAGAAAUGCUUGACUUUAUGUUUUUGCAGAGCGAUUUAUUUAUAGAUAAUUAUGUUGAUUUAUAGUCAAAUAGUGUUUUCAUUUGUUUUGAAGCUUAUCCUGUUUUUUUGUUGUUGUUGUUUAGAGCGUCUCUUAAAUUCAUUCCUUAGUGUCAAAUUUAAAACUAAUGAAAAAUCUUUUAAGAUUUUAUUGGCCCAAAUAAAUAGGCAGUAAUGUCUCUCUAUAAGUUUCUUAUGAUUGUAGAUUUUUAUUUAUUUAUUCUUUUAAAGCUUAGCGUAUUGUAAAGGUCAUCUAAAGCCAUUUCCUGCUUAUGUUUUAAAUCUCCUGUUUGUCCAGGAUCUGGCUUGCACAAUCCAGCAUUAUCUGUGGUGAAUCCAGUGAUUGUUUUGUGCUCUGACGCAGAAGAUUAUGAAAUUAUUUUUUUGCCAAAUUGCAGAUGUUUAGCCCUCUGGCAGACUAUUUUCCCAGGACUCUCCUUAGGAUUUUUUUUUACAUUUAUAACCAGUUACUUGAAUUUCCCCACUGGGGGACAAUUAAGGGUAUUUCUAUUCUAUUCUUGUCUACUUGACUAAAAAUGCAUGACUUGAUGAAUGUAAAAGCAUCUAUAAUUUAUUCCUCAUAUUGUGUUUAAGUAUUUUUAACUUGUCUUCUUCCAGUCAAAGGUCUUGAUGAAAUAUAACAUCUUGUCCAUUUGGAAGGUUAUUUAACUUUCCGAUGGGGUAAAGGGUAAAGAUGCUCAUGUAUUUACUUCCUCUUGAUCUGUUUAACGAACAUGGCAGAAAUUUUGCUGUCACAAUUUGUAAUUUAAGACGUGUGUUUUUAAACGAUGCUGAGUGAAUAAAAAGACCUUGUGAGAUGAAUUAUGCACACAACAGGUUUUAUAACAAAACCAUCAAUAAACCACCUAGAAAAACACUGUAAAAAAUCAGCUGUUUUCCUGCAAAAAUUACAGAUGUUAAGUAAUUAACUCUUCUAAAAAAUUAUGUAAAAUUAAGGCUGAAUUACAUUAAUAAUCUGU